AUGUGCGAAUUAAAGAAGCUUCGUGUGCUGUGUAUGCAUGGAUACCGCACCAACGCUACCAUCAUGAAGGACCAGACGCGUGGGCUGCGCAAGGUCUUGGCUCCACAUGCCGAGUUCGUGUUCAUGAACGGGCCUUUCGAAGCCCGCGGACCUUCGGACGACAUUAUCGAGAAACGCUACGCCGAUAGCAAGCCAUUCUACGAGUGGGGAAGCUUCAAAGAGCGCGAACGGCCACAUCAAUUGGACGCGGAAACGCAGGAGAUGGAGUAUCUGGACGGUGGAUGGUACCACGACUACGUGGACUGGGACACCACAAUCAAGUACAUGGACGAACAGCUCCCCAAACUCGGACCUUUUGACGCGGUUGUAGGCUUCUCUCAGGGUGCGCAGACAAUGACAGCACUGACGAUGUGGUAUCUACAUCACCACAAUAAAUGUUGGUGGAAAUGCUGCGUGAGUGUCUGUGGACCACGCGUCCGCGGGGCUGCAUUGCGUCCGUUAUUUGAAAACCCAGAUGGAACGAAGAAGUUGGUUCCAAUGCCAUCUAUUCACAUCGUGGGGAAGACGGAUAAGUGGCGUAGCGGGUGCUAUGAAAUGGUGAACAUGUACGAGGAUCAGCCCGAGGGAGCAACUCGGGACAAGUUUGUGUUCGAGCACGACACAGGCCACAGGUUUCCCAGUGGGGAGCGACAUGAACAGCUGUAUGAAGACGUGGCGAAGAUCAUUCGCUCACACUGUGGCUCGCAGUCUGCGAAUGAAUGGAUUGCUUAA